AUGUCAUCUGAUCAAAGAAUGUACUCCCAAUAUUCAUCAGGCUUAUUUUCCAGACUUUUAGCAAAGCUAAAAGUCUGGAACUCUUUUCUUUUCAGCACUGCAAUUUACCCGAAACUUUUUAUCGAUGUUUUAUCAAAGAAGCAGGUCAUAUCCUAUGCAGCCUGUCUGUUUCAGUAUUUAAUGUAUUAUGCAUUGGGUGGUUCAGAUUUCUUACUGUUAGCAGCCAUGGCUUAUGAUAGAUAUGUUUCUAUAUGUAAACCAUUGCAAUAUAUAACUGUAAUGACAAAAAGAACCAUUAAUGAUUUACUAUUUUAUGCUUGGUUUCUGCCUGGCUGUCACAUCGGAGGGGCACUGGCACCGGCACUGGCACUGGGCGGCAAAAAGCAACUCUGUAGCUUUACUUUGAAAGGAAUUUUCUGCAAUAAUUUAAUCCAGAAACUUCACUGUGUGACCUCCACAGCAGUACCAAUAUAUGGUUUCAUUGUGUUUCUCAACAUUGUAAUACUCCCUGUGCUUUUCAUACUUUUCUCAUACACAAAGAUACUUACAGUAUCGUACCGAAGCAGCAGAGAUGUUAGGAGAAAAGCUGUCGAAACCUGUUUACCUCACCUGAUUGUUUUAAUCAGUUUCUCCUGUUUGUGUGCAUUUGAUUUCAUUAUGGCCGAAGUGAAAUUUGAUUUUCCAAAAACUGUGAGAUUAAUUAUGAAUUUACAAGUGGUUGUGUAUAGUCCUCUCUUUAAUCCAAUUAUAUAUGGAGUCAAACUGAAAGAAAUCUCUAAACACAUAAAGAAGAUGUUCUGUAAUGUCAGAUUAAACUAAAUAACACUAAUACCUUCUCAAAUAGCCUCGCAGGAGUUUGACUUGCUUGUAAGAGAAUUGAAAUUUGUUUCUAUUACUCACAUAUAUUAAGGACAAUAAUGUUAACUUCACUGAUAUGAUAACAUGUAUGCAGUGUUCCCUUCAUUCUAUGUACCCAUUUAUCCAAUAAAUGCUUGCUUGAACUCAGUAACCAGUGAGUGUAUUUCAAGAUUCAAGACAUUUAUUUUCUUUACACAGAAAAUCACAGUUACACUGUACAAUGAAAGGCUUACUUUGUUGAUCCUCCUCAACUAAAUAAACACAAUGUAGAAAACACUAAAGCAAUUCUAAAUACGUAAGCAAACUUAAACUGACAACAGCAGUGGUUGUGAAGUGUACUGUGCAUUUGUAAACUUUGUUUUUUGUGUAUUGAUGAAGCGCAGGUGUCAACAUUUUAUUUACAGAAAAUGUCAGGUAUAUAAGCUGUGCUAACAGCAGCGAAUAACUGCAUUCUCUUUAUUUUCUUGUACUGACAGAUUUUUUUUUGUAAUUUCAAGAUG